CCGCCGAGCAGAGUUCCCGCCUGCUCGCAUCUCUGCACUGCGUCUAGAGAGUGCCACUCUGUGUCCGCAGCCGCGAGGGCCACUCGAGCGCUGGCCUGCACCUCCCAUCGGGGACGCCACCUUCAACCGCUUCUGGAUCUGCAGGAAUUCAUUCGACCAACAUGCUCAAACUCGAGUUCGUGCCGGCCGCCGGUGACAAGCUCGUGCUCAAGCUCUCUCCUCUGCCGCCGCUUGCUGACAAGCAGGCGUCUCUGGCGGACAACACGACCGUCAUCGACUCUGGCGGAGGCAACGCCGUCGGCAUCCCCUCCGAGCCCGUCUCGCUCAAGGAUGGCAUCGAUACCGGCACCGGCGGCACCGGCACCGCCAGCACCGGCACCGGCAACGUCCCGCCCGAGGGCGAGCCCGGCCCGCUCAAGGACGGCAUUGACGCGGGCGGCGGCAACGUCGCGGGCGAGUUGUCGCCGAUGAAGUCCUUUGCGAAGGUCGGAAUCGUGCCGGCUGACGACGGCCGCAUCACGCUCGUCAUCUCCGCGUCGGUGUCGCCUUCGCUCCUCGGAGCCAAGGCGUGCGGCGUCAAGAACGUCAACAUCUCCGUGGCAAAGUCUGGCCCGGAGGGCGUCCUCAAGAAGGACUCGGCCGCGGAAAAGGCGCCCGACGCGGGCGCGGUCGACUCGGACAAGGCCAAGGCCAUGUUUGCCGCCCACGCGCCGAGCCCCGCUGUUUUCUGGUCCAA